CAUAGAAGCUACCCCGCCAAAAUAACGACUCGGCUUAUUGGACCCUACCUGAACCUAGACCUUCAAUCUAUCCAACCGUUUACCUGCAUCGUCGUACAUCAUACCUUGUGCAUCCCUCCUACGCAGAUACAUACCUAGUAGUGAGUUUACUACUAGAACUAUCAUCUUCAUACGAACACCCAUUCUUCAUACUCUAUUCCGAGACAAGACCGUCGCUUUAAAAGACGAGUUCAACGUUAGGCUGCGAUCACUCAGCGUCGGCAGCAUGGCGGCCGAACAGAAUCUGCUCACCUACUUCACCACCAUGGAUAACCAGGGUGGUAUUAUCGUCAGAGAUGCCCCGAAGCUGGAUCUUGAUUUGUACAUUUCCAACUACAGAGGCCGCACUCGUUUUGAGCGAUUAUUGUUGAUCGGCCAAUCCUCUGUACCCCUAUGCGUCGAUGCCCUGAAGGCUGCCGUAGCCGAAGCCAAGCGUGGGAAAGAUAUCCAACGAUACCGUGAUGCCUGGGAAUGCAUCCGACUUGCCGCGCCGGACGAGCCUGAGGCCAGAUGGGAUGAUGCUUGGGUAACUAAGACGGACCGGGCAAAUAAGGCGGAAACGCUUCGGAUGGAAACCGAACUUAAGGGUUACAAAAACAACCUAGUCAAGGAAAGCAUAAGGAUUGGUCAUCGUGAUCUCGGCGAACACUUAGAAUCCGUUGGUGAGCUGACCGCUGCUUCGGAGUACUACAUCAAGAUGAGGCCCGACGCUAGUACCCAGUCGCACAUUCAAGAUGUGGGCAAGCACGUUGUCAGCAUCAUGCUUCAAAAGCGAGACUGGGCCGGCGUGUUGGCCAAUGUGAACAAGGUCUUGGCGGUAAAUGUCACCAGCAGCGAUGAACAGAACGCCGAGCAGCCCUACCAGAAGAUAGUUUCUGGUCUAGCACAUCUUGGUCUCGGAAAGUUUUACGAAGCGGCUAGAUGCUUCCUUGAGAUUAGCGAUCCGACUAACUGUCAACGCUACAACGACACUGUCAGUCCAAAUGACAUUGCUACGUAUGGUGGGCUUCUGGCGCUCGCUUCGAUGGACCGUGUGGAGUUACAGUCUCGAGUUUUAGAUAAUUCCAGCUUCAGAAGCUUCCUGGAACUAGAGCCACAUAUCCGCAAGGCUGUCUCCAUGUUCGUCAACGGACGAUACUCCUCUUGCUUGGAGAUAAUCGAGUCGUACGCAAACGAUUAUCUCCUUGACAUAUAUCUCCAGAAGCACGCCUCUGCUAUUUUCUCGCAGAUUCGCAGCAAGUGUAUCGUUCAGUAUUUCCUACCAUUCUCAUGCGUUACCUUGGACAGCUUGAACGCAACCUUCGCCAAACCCGGGGAGUCUAUCGAGCCAGAGCUUGUCGAAAUGAUCAAGAAUGGAGCUUUGAAUGCCCGCAUUAAUACCAUUGACAAGCUCCUCGUCGCCGUAUCCAACAACGCCCGAAUUGCUAUGCAGAAGAAGGCUCUAGAUGCUGCUAACAACUAUGAGAAAGAAGCUAUCGAGCGAAUUCGACGAAUGAACAUUGUAGCGGCUGAUCUCGAAGUCAAGGGCUCCCGGAAAGGAGGCGACGGCUGGCCGGAGGACUCUAGAAGACUGGAGUUUAACUCUGCCGAAGUAGCGUAGGAAACAUUGCCAGAGUGGGACGACGAGACUAUGGAAGAACAUUGAGCAUGGACCUGUCAGGAAGCGAGGACACCAACUCGUCUAACGAAUUGCAAACAGGAAAGAUGGACAUGGGCGACACAGGCAUGGAGCCACAAAGGUGGAGUAGUCCUUAGGAGUUAGG